UGUUUAAUAAUCCCUGUAGUUUCUCUCUCUAAUAAAACUUUUCGCUUUGCCCGGAAAAAAAAACCCCACAUAAACGCUCAGAAUACAACACGCACCCUUUUCCUUUUCCUCUCAUUCUUCUUCUUCUUCUCCUCCUUCCUUUUCGUUAGCAGUGUGGUCAUGGUUCUCACCAAUCGCCACUCUCAUUGAAACCCUAAUUUCGCCACUCUUCUUUUCAGAUAGAAAUUGGAAAAACACAGAAUAAAGCGGUUUUUGAGGGUCUGGAUUUAUGUCCCACAAUCAAUCAAGGGCUGACACUCGCGAGUCUUCUCAGUACAGGAGAACCGGCCGAUCCGGUAGCUUUAAUCAGCACCGCGGCGGUAAUAAAGGAAGUGGUGGUGGUGGCGGUGGCAGCGGCGCCGCCCCUCCUGUUUCUUCCACCACCAAUCCCUCUCUAUCUUCUAAUAGAAGUUUCAACAAGAAGUAUAAUAAUGCACAAGGAGGGCAACAUAGGGUAAGUGGUGCUAGUGCUGGAUCGGAUUCUCAUCAGAAUGGUGCUCAUCACCACCAACAACAAGCAUUGCACGGUGCAUCAGAUGUACCUGUUACUAGUGCGAAUGCACCUGUUCCAGGUGCUCCUGUUAAGCAGACUGAUGCUUCAACUCAGAAGAUCACCCGAGCAGUGCCAAGAGCUCCAACUUCUAAUGUUGUUGCAUCAACCUCUGAGUCGACUGCACCUGUCACUCCUGCAAAAGCUUCUGGAGAUGCAUCUAGGUCAUUUCCACUUCAAUUUGGAUCCAUAAGUCCUGGUGUCAUGAAUGUACUGCAGAUACCUGCACGGACGAGCUCAGCUCCACCUAAUUUGGAUGAGCAGAAAAGAGCCCAGGCUCGCAGUGACACUUCAAGAGCUAUACCUUCAUUGCCAACUCCAUCUACGUCCAACCAGCCAAUGCCAAGAAAGGAUGCAGGACCCCGGAACCAGUCUAAUCCUGGCGAGUCUCAUGGUGUGGCCGCCAAGCCCAAAAGAGAUGUACAAGUUUCAGCUCCACCUCCAGUGACCCAAACUCAAAAGCCUUCUGCACAUCCCAUGCCUGGAAUGCACAUGCAAAUUCCAUUUCAUCAGCCACCACAAGUUCCUGUUCAAUUUGGUGGCCCUGGGCCACAAAUUCCGUCUCAUUCCAUGUCUGCUACAUCAUUGCCAAUGCCGAUGCAUCUGCCGAUUGGCACUCCGCCUAUGCAGCAGCCAAUGUAUGUCUCAGGUCUUCAACCCCACCCAAUGCAGUCUCAAGGGAUGAUGCAUCAGGGGCAGGGCCUGAAUUUUUCAUCAGGAAUGGGACCUCAACUACCUCCGCAGUUGGGGAACAUGGGAAUGAAUAUGCCGGCACAGUUUCCUCAACAGCAGGCAGGAAAGUAUCUAGGUGCACGUAAAACUGUGAAGAUUACUCAUCCAGAAACUCAUGAAGAAUUGAGGCUUGAUGGGACUCCUGGUUCGAGGUCACAUCCUAAUAUGCCACCUCAAUCACAGCCUAUUGCAUCAUUUCCUCCUGGUCAUCCUAUUAACUAUUAUCCUAAUUCUUAUAAUUCCAGUUCUGUUUACUUUCAAGCUCCAAGUUCUCUCCCUCUCAAUAACCCUCAGAGUUCUCAGCCACCAAGGAUUUUUAGUCAGGUGACAGUGAAACCGGCUGCUGGAACACAUCCAGAAAAAGAGCAAUUACCAUCUGUCAGUUCAGCUGGUUUUGGAAAAGAUCAAGUGAGACUUUCGAAGCCUCCGGGAGGAGAUUUAGCUCACCCUCAAAAAGACAUGGACACUUUACAUCAGAGCUCCUCCACACAGUCAAAGAUUGGCAAUGCUUCAAAAUCUGCAUCAAGGCCUGUAGCAAACAUACAAUCUAUUAAAGUGGCUGAUUCUAUCUCAGAGCAGAGCCCAGCAGCUGGUGUAUCAUCAUUGACCUCUCAGGCUCCCAGUGAGCCUUCAGUAUCUGUAAUUACAGAUAGUAGCGUAGAUGCAACAACUGAAACACUUGGCGGCCUUGAACCCACUGAAGAUCAACAGAAAAAACAAGUAAUAAGAGGACAGGUGACUAUGCAGGAUAAGGCUCUUGGGAAAUCUACCUCAGUUUCAAGUCCCCCAUCCCAGUGUCCACUAACUGGACCAGUUGAGGUCAAGACUGCUGCUUCAUUGGGCACUGCUGCACUGGGAAACAGUAGGGAAAAUCUUUCUCCUUCAGAAUCCGUUGAAUUGAAAAGCUGCAUUACUGGAGAUAGUGGAAAAGAAGUUUCACCCGAACUUUUGGAUUCCAGAAAUCUGGAUGCAGGUGAGCCAGUACCUAAAACUGGGGAUAAAUAUGAAGUAACAUUGCCGGAGGUUGGUGAACAGGGUGAGAAUAAUAUCUCGAAGCCAUCUUCUGGAUCUCUUCUGGUAAAAUCUGUUGAGGUGUCUGGCCUGAGCGAAGAGGGAUCUCCGGAGAAAGCAACAAAUGCCAACAUUGAGAGCCGUCGGCCGGAAACUGGAGAGGAAGAUACAAAUUCAUCUGCCGGUUCAACUGGAGUUGAUAGUAUGGCUGAUAGCAUAACAUCAUUCACUUGUAAUCAGAAUUUUACAGAUACUGAGGCUUGCACGUCAGCAAUAGGUCUUUCAGCUCAAGAUGAUCAGGCAUCAGAUAUUGCAGACCCCGAAGAAGCUGCUGUGACAGGAUCAGCUGUAGUAAGUCAGGAAUCUGCCUCUAAUUUGGUUAAAAAUUCUGAUGAGGCCACUUCGAAGUGUGAAGAUGAAAAUACAGAAACUGAAACUGAUAAUACCGGUGUAGCUAAGUCGUCGUCUGGUGUCAAGGAGAAAUCUCUGGUGGAUUCCAAUGUGCCUAAGGUUACUGCGGCUAGGGGAAAGAAGAAAAAGAAAGACUUGUACAAGAAAGCAGAUGCUGCUGGCACGACUUCUGAUCUCUAUAUGGCUUACAAGGGUCCAGAGAAAAAAGAUGAACUUGCUCCAUCUGUCGAAGCCGGCGAAAUCACUUCUAAGAAUAACUCGAAGCCUCUAUCUGAUGAUGCGCCUCAGGAAGAUCUUACAUCAACUAAGAAGGUUGGUGAGGUUAAAGCAGAGCCAGAUGACUGGGAGGAUGCCGCAGAUAUAUCUACUCCUAAACUAGAAGCUGCUCCAGAGCACGGGAAGCAAGUUGAUGGUGAAGAUGGUGAUGGUAUGACAACCAAGAAAUAUUCAAGAGAUUUCUUACUUAAAUUUGCAGAACAAUGUAUUGAUAUUCCUGAGGGUUUUCAAGUUCCUUCUGAUAUAGCUGAUAUUUUGAUAAAUGCGAACAUCAGUGUUUCCCGUGAGCCUUGCCCUAGUCCUGGAAGAGCUCUUGAUAGGCCAUCUAGUGGACAUCGUGAACGCCGCGGAGGUGGCAUUGGGGAUGGAGAUAAAUGGAUUAAGGUGACUGGGCCUCUUAUGCCUGGGCGAGAUAUACAGCCGGACCUUGUUUAUGGGGGAAAUGCUAUGGGAUUUCGACCUGGCCCAGGUGGCAAUUAUGGUGUUUUGAGACACCCUCGAGCGCCGAUGCCUAUUCAGUAUGCCGGGGGUAUACUGUCUGGACCAAUGCAAUCUAUGGGUCCUCAUGGAGGAGUCCAGAGAAAUGGGGUUGAUGCUGAUAGGUGGCAACGUGGAACUGCUUUCCAAAAAGGUUUAAUGCCUUCUCCUCAGACACCAGCACAGAUUAUGCACAAAGCUGAAAGAAAGUAUGAAGUAGGUAAAAUAACAGACGAGGAACAAGCCAAACAGAGACAGCUGAAAGCUAUUUUAAAUAAGCUAACUCCCCAGAACUUCGAAAAAUUAUUCCAGCAAGUCAAAGAGGUCAAUAUUGACAAUGUUGUGACGCUCAAUGGUGUAAUUUCUCAGAUAUUUGAUAAAGCUUUGAUGGAACCAACUUUUUGUGAGAUGUAUGCCAACUUCUGUCAGCACCUAGCGGCAGAGUUGCCUGAUCUGAGCGUAGACAAUGAAAAAAUCACUUUUAAGAGGUUACUUCUGAACAAAUGUCAGGAAGAGUUUGAAAGAGGAGAAAGAGAAGAACAAGAGGCUAAUGUGACCAACGAGGAAGGCGAAGUAAAACUGUCAGCAGAGGAGAGGGAGGAAAAAAGAGUCAAAGCACGGCGACGAAUGUUGGGGAAUAUCAGACUGAUCGGAGAACUUUAUAAGAAGAGAAUGUUGACAGAGAGAAUUAUGCAUGAGUGCAUCAAGAAGUUGUUAGGUGACUAUCAUAAUCCUGACGAGGAGAAUAUUGAAGCUUUGUGUAAGUUGAUGAGUACAAUUGGGGAUAUGAUAGAUCACGCCAAAGCAAAGGAACAUAUGGAUGCAUACUUCGAUAGGAUGGAAAAGUUAUCAAAUAACAUGAAACUUUCUUCUAGGGUGAGGUUUAUGUUGAAGGAUUCAAUUGAUCUAAGAAAAAACAAAUGGCAGCAAAGGAGAAAAGUUGAAGGGCCUAAGAAGAUCGAGGAAGUGCAUAGGGAUGCUGCCCAAGAACGACAUGCACAAACUACUAGGCUUGCUCGUACUCCUAGUUUGGGAGGUUCUACUAGAAGGGGUCAACCAAUGGAUUUUGCUCCAAGAGGGAGUAUGUUGUCUUCUCCCGGCUCUCAGAUGGGUGGUUUCCGUCCUAUGUCUCCACAGGUCCGUGGCUUUGGCAUGCAGGACGUACGGGUGGAUGAGAGACAUUCUUUCGAUAAUAGGACAAUAUCACUUCCCCUUACACAGAGGCCUCUUGGUGAUGAUCCAAUCACACUUGGGCCCCAAGGUGGUCUUGCAAAGGGAAUGUCUUCUAGGGGCCAACCUGCCGCGCCAAGCAUUCCAUUCACUGAUAACGUGCCAAAUUUUGGAGAUUCUCGAAGGAUGACACAUGCCCAAAAUGGCUAUGGUUCUUUGCCUGAACGGCCCCCUUAUGUUUCAAGAGAGGAGCUUACACCCAAAUAUAUGCCUGAUCGAUUUUCUAGUCAACAUGAUCAAGCAAGUGCACCAGAAAGGAACUUGACUUAUGGGAGUAGGGAUCGUGGAUUUGAUACUUCUCGGCCUGCUUCACCACCUGUGAGAAGUGGAGGACCAACUUCCACGCAGAAUGUUGCUUCUGAGAAGAUUUGGUCAGAAGAACGUCUGCGGGAAAUGUCUAUGGCUGCUAUCAAGGAAUUCUACAGUGCGAAAGAUGAGAAAGAGGUUGCUUUGUGUGUAAAAGACCUGAAUGCACCCAACUUCUAUCCAUCAAUGAUUUCAAUUUGGGUUACUGACUCUUUCGAGAGGAAGGAUAUGGAGAGGGAUCAUUUGGCAAAGCUUCUCAUCAGUCUAGCUAAAUCUCAAGAUGUGACAAUAAGUCAAGAUCAGCUUGUUAAAGGGUUUGAAUCCGUUCUGGUUACCUUGGAGGACGCUGUCAAUGAUGCCCCUAGAGCAGCAGAAUUUCUUGGUCGCAUCUUUGCAAAGGUCAUACUGGAAAAUGUGCUACCAUUUAAUGAAAUUGGGCAUUUGAUAUACAAAGGUGGGGAAGAGGAAGGACGCCUUGUGGAAAUAGGGCUUGCCGCUGAAGUUCUUGGGAGUGCUUUGGAGGUAAUCAAGCUAGAAAAAGGUGAGUCCGUCGUGUCAGAAAUCUGCAGAAGUUCUACAAUGCGGCUAGAGAACUUCCGGCCUCCAGGUUCUAACAAGCAAUUGAAACUAGACAAAUUUAUUUAGGUAACAGGGAGGGAUUGUAUCUUGGUAGAGAUUCAUGUCUAGUUUUUAGGGCACAUUUUAAUUUUGCAGAUAUAUUUAAAUGGUGAUUAAUAUAAGGGUUUAUAUCCUUGAAUGUUUUUAGUACCCAUUAUUUUGUGGAACUGCAAUAGCAAUAGGGUGAACGAAUUUGUUUAA